AUGCAAGUUACUGAGUUAAACAGGAGGCUGGCCGUCGUCGCAGUACCAGGACUAGUGGCUGAUGGGUGCGAUGGAGGUGAAGUAAUUGCAGCUUUGGGAGGCGAAGAUGCGAUUGCUAAGCUACAUCAUACCCAAGGGACAGUAAACAACGUUUUUACUUUCAACCAACCGGCGGACUUUUUACAUAUCGCAAAAUUGCCCAUCGUAACGGAUGAGGAACCUGGACCUAACAUGCAGGAUCAAGGCUUUGAAAUGUUGCCGCCAUUCUUUACCAAAAUUGGUUCUAUCGCUAACAUCUUCAAAGAGACAGUUAAAACAAAAGCCUCCUCCAAGAAGGAUGUCAAGGUGCGGAAAUCGCAAAUGCUCAAUCCUGUGGCUCAUUUUGACGAUCCCGAAAUUCCUACAAAGCCACUGGAAUCGACGCGGCAUACCUCCCUUGAUCGAGACCUCAUGAAGGCACUGAAAAAACUCUUCACCAUGAGGAAAAUAUGGCUUAGAACUUCAAUGGAUGAGUACCUUGCACCAAGGUUCACCAGCUGGAGGAAGAAAAAUGCGUUUGCGCGGAUCUGUUACAUUUUCGCAGAUGGGCCGUGGCGCGGUUGUAUGUGCAGGCUGGGAUAUGACCCAAGGAAGGAUCCAAACGCAAAAAUUUAUCAGAUCAUUGACUUCAGAGACCCGUACUAUAGAACUAUAAGUUGGAAAACUGAGAAGCAGACAAAUGCCCGUGAGGGAAAUGGUACACAAACUAUGCCUAUGCCUCUCGACGAAGCGUACGCUGAAGUGGUGGGGAGUAUGCGUGCAUUUAACCCGGAGCUACACUUCCUAACGCCGCCAUCAAGGCCAUCUCAACUCUACCAGCUAUGUGACAUCUUCGACGCAGGUAUACAGAAGCUGAUUCAUAGCGCAUCAAUAGAAACCGAUGGUGAUUCCGGCGUCUCAUGCUCAAAGACAACUGGUGAGUCGCGGCUCUCUCCCAUCGUUACAAAUUGCAGGCUGGUACACGCAGUCGGUGAUGUCUAA